AUGCGAAUGAAAUGCGCUAUUUGCGAAUCGGCGGCGACUUCGCUGCAUUUCGGCACCCCCAGUUGCAAGGCAUGCGCUGCGUUUUUUCGAAGGACCGUCGCAUUGGAUAUCACAUACAAUUGCAUCACCGGUAAAAAUAAAUGCGAUGUCAAUUUUGAACGACGAAUGGCUUGCAAAAAAUGCCGAUACGACAAGUGUAUUCGGAAUAACAUGCAGAGAGAUAUGGUCCAAUCGAAACAAGGUCGACUAGAAGAUGCGACUCUUUUGGCUUCUCCGGAAUCGCCGAGCACAAGUUCGCCUAUCGAUGAUUCGAAAUAUUUCAAUAUGCUCAAUCAUUUCAUUCAAAUGGAAUCUAAUUUGAAUAAGUCGCGAAGAAUGGCGUUCACAGAUUCGAAGCUUAUCGACAUUUUCUCUGGCAUUUGUGAAAUGCCGUACGAAUUCAAUCAACUCCGGCCAUUUGAUUUUCAAGUUUACACCGGAUAUGGCAAACACGAAUAUGUGAUGAUGUUCAACUACACAAGCCUGUUUCCCGAUUUCAACAAACUCGACAAUUCCGAACAAAAUUUUAUGUUCCGAAUAUGCUGUGGGGUUGAUUAUAUUUUGAGUAGUGUUUAUUAUACUCAUCGAAUUGGUAGGGAAAAGAAUAUGGCUGUUUAUCAAGAUGGGACAUAUUUGAAAAUGGAUAAGCCUUUAUUAAAAAACGGAAUGCCUGGCGAUCCAACGCUGUCGCUAAGCAAAGAAGAGCUGGAAAAAUACAAGAAUCUAAUGAGACCAAAAAUGGAAUUGUGGUCCGAAUUUCUACCAAAGUAUGAAUUUCUCAAAUGUGGAUUCGAAGAGAACAUACUCCUUAAAGCGUUGUGUUGUUGGCAAUUCUCAAAAAUGAAGUUCGGAGAAAACGGAAAAUUGCUAUGUAGUAUUCAAAGUUCAAAAAUUACGAAUGUACUUUUAAGGUUUUGCCAAGAUAAAUACGGAAAAGAUGAAGGCCUUAUAAGGGCAUCGAAUAUUGUUUUAUUUGUAUCUACGGUUCACGAAGAAAUCAUGGAAUUGAUUCGAACACUUAUUGUUGUGACAGUGUUCGAAAUAGUCAAUGGCGAUACAUUAAUCGACGAGAUUCUCAAUUCAAAUACGAUAUUUGCGUGA